CGUGAGCACAUAAUACAGCGCAUUAUUGUGGCAUUUGGAGUGGAGACCCGGUCUGGCUCCGUCUGCGAUUACGCUUUUCCAGUUUCUGUUCAGAGCAAGCACUGCUUUCUAUUAUUUUUUUUUCCUGCCCCCAUCACCGUACCCGCAAGAGCUGGCCAUUUCGCUGACAGCUUUCAUUCCUUAUGGAAAGAUUAUUGUCGAGCCGAGAGGACGAAAUGCUUCGUUAGAAAGGAUGGAUUUUAUUUUAAGGUCUGCCCGGAGAGGCCAUUGGAGGAAGAGCGCCACGUGACAGAGGGGUGCCAAUGUUAUUCUCCAAGGGUGUCAAGACCCUGUCAGUUUGUGAAAUAAAUAUUGGGAAACAACGAAAUGCAAAAAGCGACCUACUACGACAGCUCUGCAAUCUAUGGUGCCUACCCCUACCAAGGAGCAAAUGGUUUCACUUAUAAUGCGAGUCAGCAGCAAUAUCCUCCGUCUUCAUCACUUGUGGAAACUGAGUACCACCGCCCCGCGUGCUCCCUCCAGUCUCCCAGCAGCUCCGUGUCCCACCACAAGGCCAAUGACAUCAGUGAGAGUUGCAUGAGGACCCUUCCCAGCCAGCCUCUGCAGCCCCCCGGCCUCACGGAGCCGCAGGCCCCACCACAGCCACCUCCAGCGCAGCCCCCACCUCCGUCCUCUGCCUCCCCAUCUCAAAAUGCCAGCAGCAAUCCUGCCCCGGCCAACCCCACCAAGAGCCCAGCUCUUAACUCGCCCACCAUGUCCAAACAGAUAUUCCCAUGGAUGAAAGAAUCUCGGCAAAACACAAAGCAGAAAAACAGCAGUUCCAGUUCAGGUGAGAGUUGUGCUGGUGACAAAAGCCCUCCGGGGCAAGCGUCCUCUAAGCGAGCCCGUACAGCUUACACAAGUGCCCAGCUGGUAGAACUGGAAAAGGAGUUCCACUUCAAUAGAUACCUUUGCAGGCCACGAAGAGUAGAGAUGGCUAAUUUGCUCAAUCUCACAGAAAGACAGAUCAAAAUCUGGUUUCAGAACCGCAGGAUGAAAUACAAAAAGGAUCAAAAGGGCAAGGGCAUGAUGACCUCUUCAGGAGGACAGUCCCCAAGCAGAAGCCCCGUCCCUCCUGCUGCUGGGGGCUACCUAAACUCUAUGCAUUCUUUAGUAAACAGUGUCCCCUACGAGCCCCAGUCGCCGCCAUCAUUUAACAAGCCUCAUCAAAAUACCUAUGGCAUCCCUGCAUCAUAUACUGCUCCUCUUAAUAACUGCCCACCUCCUCAAAAGAGAUACACGGGGACAGCAGCUGUGACAUCACCUGAAUACGAUACUCAUCCUCUUCAAGGCAAUGGUUAUGGGAAUCCACACAUACAGGGAAGCCCCGUCUAUGUAGGGGGCAACUAUGUGGAGACCAUGACCAAUUCUGGGCCUUCCAUCUUUGGUCUAACUCAUCUCCCUCAUCCUCCCUCCGCCAACAUGGACUACAGCGGGGCUGGGCCGAUGGGCAACAGCCACCACCAUGGACCUUGCGACCCACACCCAACAUACACAGACCUUACUGCUCACCAUCCUUCUCAGGGAAGAAUUCAGGAAGCGCCCAAACUCACCCACCUGUAAGACUUGGGAGUCAAUAAGUGGAACAUGAAGUCCCCAACUUUUUAAAAGUAUUUGUGCCCUCUCCCCCUCUCUUUCCUUCCCCCACUAUGUGCCCUCUCCUCUCUUUCUUGUUUCUUUUUUUGUUUGUUUGGUUUGGUUUGUUUCCUUUGGUAAAAGCGUUCUCUAGUUUAUGUGACGUAGCAAUAUUUGUUGCUUGAAUUGCUCUAUAGUUUCACUAGUGGAUAUUUAUCUUCUUGAACUGUAGCCUUGUGUCUCACUUUGGGAGCAUACAUAGGCUUUAUACUUUACCUUCUACACUUUUAUCAAAACAGGGUAUAUGAACAAAUUUUCUAUAAAAGGAAUUCUUAAAUGUGAAUUUGUUCGUACAUGAUUGAUCCCACAGGGAAGCAAUUUUUUUUAUUGCACUUCUUUUAAAUAGCGAGAAAGACAUCAAAAGCGCUUGGACAGGGGCUCCCUGGACAAUUAUUAAUACGUGUAAGUCUUUCAAUGUGUGUAUGCUGGUGAACAUUCAGAUUUAUUUAUAUUUUUUUUGCAAACAUUGAAUAAUCUAAGUGUUUAAAUUUUUAUUUAUCCCCAUUUGUUCAUAUUUAUAUAUAUAUAAAAAACCUGUACCCUGAAUAUUCAGGAGGUAUUUACCUAGCCAUAUGUUAGAAGGCAUAUUGGCAUGUGUAGGAAAUAUCAUUCAAAAGGAAACUAUAACUCCUUUAUUAAAAACGAUGGUAACGAUGAUGAUGAUGCAAUAAAAUCUGGGAAAAAGAUCGCAGUUUGAAUAAUUUAUGCUCGUAACAUCCAUCUAGGCAGAGAGCCUGUAAAGCUGAAAAGGCUAGAUUUGUUUUGAAAGUUAUACAUUCCUUGCUGCUCACGUUCUGAGAAAAAAAAAUAAAGUUUUUAUU